CAGUGUUCUAUGCAUGCACUGAUAAUUUUGCUCCAAUUAAUAUUGACAUAAUUUUUUUGAGGAAAAAAAUAUAAAAAUAUGUGUAUAUAUCUUCUGGGUGGCAGUUUGGAUUGAGACAAUGUCGUUUUCUGGUGAAGUGAGGAACAUGAUGGUGGUGGUGAUGAUGGUUAUGCCCGAGAGCAGGAAGAAGAAGAAGAAAGCCCAUCUUUCAGCCUGAAAAAGCAUCGAGAUUUCUUCCAUUUUCCAGUUCUCCAGUUUUUGUGAAUUUUAUGCUUUAGGCUGAAAAGAUGAACGUUUUGAAUCCAACAGGUAUAGUUUACAGUAGGAUUAAUAAACUAGAACCGGAGCACGUCACGAAGAUCAUGGGUUAUCUUCUCUAUCAGAUGCCGAGCGACCAGGAUAUGUCCCUAUUGGCCCUAGCUCCGGACAAGUUGAUGCAGGACAUUGUUUCUGCUGCGAAGAUCGACCUUCAGUUGCACAAGAAACCAGCCUCUCCCCCGGUCUCGGCCCCCGUGACGAGCCUUAGGCAUGUUGCUGGGCCGCAGUUCAAUCACAGGCAUGUUCCAUCUCCCUAUCAGCAAUUCUAUGCCAAGAAACAGUCGGAUUAUGCCGUCCCAUACUUGGAACACCAAGGCCAAGCCCAGAACCAGUUCUUGUCCCUCGAUGAUCAAGCAGAGAAAGUGGCUCUAGGUAGGAUGGAGUUUCCAGUCGAAUACUUGUACCAAAAGGAUUUGGAGAGGCAAUUGAAUGGGAGAGUUAUCAACCGGAGAUAUUCAAACGUCAAUGAAUAUCCAACUAAGACUUGCCACUAUUUUAGUCGGGGAUAUUGUAGGCAUGGGAAUAACUGCAGGUACCUUCAUGGGCAAGCCAGUCCCGAUGGGUUCUCUCCCAUGCUCGGGCCCUUCCUGCAUGACGGGGUCCAUGAUCAGAUUUUGGGACAGGGUUCACUCAAUAAGUUACAGCUUGAAAUUGUGGAGAUCUUGAAAUCGAGGAGAGGGAACCCUCUCUCAAUCGCUUCUUUGCCGAUGAUUUACUACGAGAGGUACGGGAAAGUUCUCCAAGCAGAGGGGUAUCUCACGGAGAGCCAGAGAAACGGUAAGGCUGGUCACAGCCUGACAAGGCUGCUCUCGAGAUUGAGCGAGAUUAAACUAAUUGAUAGCAGGCCUCAUGGACAGCACGCAGUGAUUCUGGCAGAGGAUGCGCCGAAGUACCCGGAAGGCCGGAACGAGGGCACUCUGAUAAACAGCAAGUCGAAGCAGAUAUAUCUUACUUUUCCAGCAGAGAGCACUUUUACAGAAGAAGAUGUUUCGAACUAUUUCAGCACUUAUGGACCAGUUGAAGAUGUGAGAAUUCCCUGCCAACAUAAACGCAUGUUUGGUUUUGUUACUUUUGUCGAUUCUGAGACUGUGCAAACAAUUUUGGCAAAGGGUAAUCCUCACUAUGUUUGUGGUGCUCGAGUACUGGUGAAGCCUUACAAGGAAAAGUCAAAGCUCAUCCACAGGAAGUACCAGGAGAAAAUCGAGUUGCAUCAUAUACAGCCUUAUGUAGAUGCCGACUCUGAGCUUCACUCAAUGCAGAGAAGCUCUGAAACCUUAACAUUACUUCGAUACCACCAAAAGUUCAUGGAAGAGCAGCAGGAGCAGGCUCUUGAACUAGAGAGGAGGAGCUAUGCUCAGCAACAAUUAAUGAGGAAGGAUUAUCAGCAGCAGUCUUACCUCAUUAACUCAUUCAACGGGCUUAAAAUCUCUGAAGAUCGAUCCAACAUCCCAUCAGCGAACUUUUUUAAUCCCUUGGUGGACGUUCUGAAUGGCAACUCUGCAGAAGGCAAUAAGCUGAGUCCUAUAAAAACCAUCAAUCCUGAUGAAGAAAGAGACAUGCUUAACCUCCCCGAUAGCCCUUUCGCGUCCUCGAUAAUCAACAGCAUCACAAACUUGAUUAGUUAGGAGCGGCAGACAGACACAACAGAAGAAAAGUUAGGGUACUGACUCUUUGAAGGAUCUCAAAGUUCUUUGUACAUAAAGGCUCGUGUUUCUUUUCCCGCUCUUCCACAGCAUCCUGAAGUACAUAAAUACCGAAAGGAGAAAUGUCUGAAGAAUCCUCUCCGAGAUAGCAGCAGAAAGGUGACAUGAUAGGAUACAGAGAAGAACAGCUAAGGUUUUAGGACAAGAUACUUACGUCUCGGAUAAGAGACGAGGUAUAUUUUAUAGUACGGAGUGAUAGAGAUCAGUGAUAGGUGAAGAGGAGGUUUGAGACAUGUUCGGAACCUAUGUUUAGCAUCGAGAAAUAAUAGUCGUUAUAGUAUAGUUUUGCAUAGGGCAUGUUCUUGAUGUAGUCCAGAAAUAACAGUUCAUUUCAUCCACAUAUCAAUUACUGCUUUUCCA